GCUGUUCAGUGCAGGUGAUCAAAGAGAAAAUCGGGACAUUUCCGUAACAAUCUGGGACUGCGGGUUGAGCUGUCAAAAUCGGGACUGCCCUGCGAAAAACGGUUGAGAGAAUCAUGAUCUGAAUGUUCCUCCAAUACACUUGCAACUCUGAUUAUGAAGACCAUGUGUCCUGCCACCAUCUUCCUUGUGACUCUGUUUUCCCUACUGAUCCCGACUCACUCGGCCCCUGAUCCCACCCUGGACACUCACUGGCAGCUGUGGGUUAAAACUCACCAGAAAAACUAUAAGGAUGCGGAGGAGGAACGUGCCAGACGGACCAUCUGGGAGGAGACACUGAAAUUUAUCACAGUCCAUAACUUGGAACAUUCCUUGGGACUCCACACUUACGAGGUUGGGAUGAACCAUCUGGGAGAUAUGACAAUGGAGGAGUUCACUGCCACUAUGUCAGGAUUUCAAGCUUCUGAUGAUCCAGUGCCCAAUGUAAUGUAUGUAUCACAGGAAGGGGUUUCACCCCCAGAGGCAAUAGACUGGAGAAAGAAAAACUAUGUGACUGAAGUGAUGGACCAGGGGGAUUGUCAAUCCUGCUAUGCUUUCAGUGCUCUAGGGGCUCUCGAGGGCCAGUGGAAGAAGAAGUCGGGCAAACUGGUGUCACUGAGUGCACAGAACCUAGUUGAUUGCUCACAAAAUGAAGGAAACAAUGGCUGCAAUCGGGGAACCAUGGUCAACUCCUAUGAAUACAUCAAGCAUCAUGGUGUUAACACUAACAUCUCUUAUCCAUACGAAGGAAGGGAGGGGAGGUGCAGAUUUAACGCGAAUAAUGUAGUCGCAAGGUGUAGCGGUUAUGUAGCGAUACCAAUCGGGAGUGAAGAGAAACUGAAACAAGCAGUGGGAACCAUCGGACCUGUGGCUGUAGCUAUAGACUCCAAUCACUUGGAGUUCAGACAGUACAAAAAAGGUGUUUAUACCAACAAAAAGUGUGACGAUACUUACUUGGGCCAGGAUCAUGCCGUGCUUGUGGUUGGAUAUGGUAGAGAGGAUGGCGAAGACUAUUGGCUGGUUAAGAACAGCCAUGGGAUUGACUUUGGAGACAAAGGAUACAUUAAAAUGAGGCGAAAUCAUCACAACCAUUGCGGCAUUGCAAAUCACGCUUCCUACCCCAUUUUUUCAUAGGAAGAUGUACGACUGGCGAGUAAUGAUGUAUUUUUAUAUACAGUAUAAUUUCCACAUUUUUUUCCAAGGACGGGGAGGGGGUCGGAUUUCCAAUUCGGUGCCCUGCUUUAAUUGUUGGGCAGCCCGGCAGUUGGGGACCCCUGUUUUAUAUAAUUGAAGGCAAAUUAAGCCCUAAAGACUAAUGUGGCUAGAAAUGUCAUAUUUGAUAGACUUUUAUAAAGGUUCAGCUACUGGGGGGGGGCAUUUUCAGAGAAACAGAUUUUUAUUUCUAAAGAACUCGGACAGGACCCCAAAACAUAGCGUAUUGCAUUUCUACCGCAACGCAGAAACAAUUAGCUUAGAUGGAUCAUACAGGCAUUUACUGUAUAUAACUCCACGCUGUGUUAAUUGUCUACAGUAAGGGGGUAAUGUAUCAAAAUCCACAUUUUUCUGAUUAUUUUAUUAAAAGAAAGUCCAACCAAAUUAAAACUCAUGAUUUGACCUUAUUUAGUAUUAAAAAAGUUCGAUUUCAUCGGAUCGGAAAAACUCUAUAAAAUUGAGUGAAGCCCGGAAAUUUU